AGAGAGCGCCUGGAUCUUGCAUAUGACCAUGCGUUUCCAAAACUUCCCUGGGAGAGAGAAGUUCUUUAUCACAUACCGCGAAAAAGACACGCUAUGGAGACGAGUGACCAUCUUGAUCGGCGGUCCAAACCCCCCAAAAGAUUCCCUGGAAGAGAAAGUCUCAAACAUGAAGUUUCAGAGCCACAGAAGCGCCGAAAUCUACAUGGCAAUUAGAGGGAGCCUGUCAGAUAUUGGAUUCUAUGAUACAGUGACGAGACUCAAAUUGGAGACCGUCGGGGAUAAGCUGUAUAUUCAUGUCACUGAGGACAUCAAUGAAAUACCUUCAUAUCCUUCCACCGAAGCAAUUCACGACAUUCCUUGUCGACGUGUCAACGAAGAGGGCAUCCGAAUUGACUCCCAUUUAAGUACUUUUCUCUGGAACGUUCGAGUUGAUGGCGAACUAUUGGUUUUCAAGGAACUUCGAGACCCGGGCUCAGCCAAUGAAUUCCUCGACGAGAUCAAGAUCCUCGGCCAACUUCAGUUUCCUCGCCACGUCAUUGAGCUCUACGGUGUAGUUGUCAACCCAAGCGGUGAUACAAUUAAGGGCUUGUUGAUGCCGAACUGUGGAAGAGGCUCAUUGGCCGAUAUGAUCCACGACAAUGAUCAUAGUCUUCCGUGGGCGAGGCGGGGAAAAUGGGCGCGGCAGAUUGUCUGCGGCCUCUCAGAGAUUCACGAGGCUGGAUUCACCCACGGCAGCUUGAGUCUUUCCCAUGUUCUCAUCGACGACGUGGAUGAGAUUAAACUGAUACACCCUGGUGUGAGAGGACGAUACGAGGAGGGCUGGUUGGCACCGGAGUUUCUGCCACCGAUUCGGAAUAACGACUUUCACCGAGUUUCUGGUCAAGAGGGUGUCGAAUGGGAUCUUUACCAGCUUGGGAUGUUGCUCUGGGUGCUUGCGACACAAGAUGAUCAGCCAGAGAAACAGAAACGUCCUCUACGCUUCGGAGAAUCUAGCGAUGUUCCAUUCUGGUAUCGAUACAUGGUGGAAGCCUGUCUCAACGACCGCCCCAGCUUGCGGAUACCUUCAGCCCAACUGCUAUCUAUGUUCCCCAGCGUCGUGGAGAAUUUCGGUGACAUCGAUUCUGACAAUGGUGUCAUCAACACACUAACAGAAGUUGAGGUCGAUUCUGAGAGCGACAUGGACGAUGAUGUCUUCGAUACCGCCUCCAUCGCAUCCAUUGAAACAUCGAUCACGUCUGCUUCAGCAUUCGAGCCUGUAACCAAACAAGCAACUGCUGCCUUCAUCGACCUUCUAUACACAACCAUCGACUUCGGCGGCAUGGCACGAUCCGCCCUGGAGAGGGACUGUAUUACCGCUGACCGCCUUCGGAACGGGAUUCGCAGGCUUCUCAAAUUGCUUUCACGCGACCUUUCUCUGCAACUCCAAAAUCCUGGACAUCGCGACGUGUGCAACUUCUUGAUGUCCUUCUCCCGAGGGAUAUCUGCGAACGUCAUGGACAAAUCCGGGAUGCCUCAAGCCACUCAACAGUCUCGCCCAUCGAACAAACCAGCGGAAACGGCUAGAAAAACGCAGCGGCGACUAGAAAAAGUGGUCGAAAUUUGGGAUGACGAAUCAGAUGACUCUGACGAAUCUGAUGCCAAAGAGCCCAUACGACCAUUUGACAUAACUGGCCUAUUGGACCUAGUUGCGUCAUCUCAGGCAUUCCAAGUCUUUAUCGCCAGUAUACUUGACUUGGUCAAUCCGACCUUAGAAUCAAGGCUUCGGGUUCUUUCCCAAACGGUUGUAGGGAAAGAGUCGUCCGAUGAGCUUCAGCAAGUGAUAUCGGAGUUACUUUACUCCCGCCCCCUGGACAUCUCGAUAUCUGGGAAUAUACCCGUCUCGUGGCUCGAUCUCGCGAAGCAGUUCAUCGAGAAUUACACUGGCCAAGAGUGGGACUGGAGCCCUUCAUGCAAUGCACGAAACACUUUGUCAAACCGACACUCAAGGCUAUCAUGGACAUGUAUAUGCGGCGAGACACGAAGUGCAGAUAUUCCACGGAAAUUUGCCAACUCCAUCAUCAAGAUCCGGCAACGAACUCUCCAGGCGACACCCAGUCGGCCAGGUCAGCCGAACAACAAUAAACCAUCUGCUUCUCCUCCUCACCCAGGAUCCACUGCCUCACAAAGCAAUUCCGGAACUUCACAGGCAGAAAAAACUGCCGCCGCUCGCUCUAAAAUGUCCUAUACGCCAGCUGCAAAGUUGCCACCAACACAAACGACCAAUCCUGCUGUUGUUUCAAUGCCACAGGACGAACGAUACGUUCUUUUCAUGGUGCCUACGGACAGACUUCAGCUCAGCGAGAUCGAGGCACAAGGGCUGUGCAAUGAAGAGCUUUUCAAGAGGAUGAGAGAGGAAUACUACCGAACCAAAGGCUGGUUCAGGAGAUGGUUCGGCUUGAUGAGAUUUUCGCAUUGCGAGUUCUACAAGUUCGAGGCAUGGACAAAGAACCAAUACUGCGAGCGCGGCCGCGGCAUCCCACCAGGGGAAGAUCAACAGUAUUUCUACUUGCCGAAACCGAUGGAUCGCGAACCGCCAAUCUCAGUGCACGAAUUCCACGAUAGAUUCUACCAGAGAGUCAAGUUCGAGACGUGUCUGGCCGGAAAGGGUGCUUGCUGUACAGAUCACGACGCGGUAGAGCGGAUUCCGCAAAAGAAGGAUCUUGGUAGUGUGGCAGCUGAGGGCCGGCCGCAGUUUUACGGCAUCGUCGCGAGGGAGAAGAAAUCGGCCCUGACAAUGGUGGUUUACGUCCUGAUUUCUUCAGUGCCCGGGACCAUAUUCUUCUUUCUUUGGCUGUUUAAAUGGGGCCAUGGUAACCUGCAAGAUGCUUCGGUGCUUCUGAUGCUGUCAUUCUCUUUGCUGGGGCUACUAUACGCCUCCCAGUUGUUCUGAUGAGUUGUAUGGCUCGCUGUCGUGGGACGAUGCGAGAACAUGUUUGUAGACUGCUAGAAGAUGGUGAAGGUGUGGCAAUUCGAAUAGGAGGAGAUGUGGCUGUUCUUAGAUGGCGUGCUGGCUAUUGAUGCCGACCACCUGCCCAUUUGCGUUAAUUAGCGAGCUUGGCACACGCCCUUUAGAU